CGGUGGUGGUGGUGUUGUUAUUGAGAGACAAACAUGGCGCAGGUGGACUAGUGUUGCUGACGAUUUGGAAUAAUACAGCCAGGCGGAUAUAUUUAUUUGUUUCAUUUUUUUUUUUGGAAAAGCUCGAUCUUGUGCCAUGCAAGGGUGAAAUGGUCUCAAUCUUGAAUUGGAUCACUUCUACAGCUUCGUUGAUGACUAAAAGGCGACCAGGACGCACGAAUACAUUCAACGCCAUUCAUAAACAUUUCUAUAGGACUUCAAACCCCUGAGUGUUGUCGGAUUAUUUGAAACGAUUUGUUACGGCUUACAGCAAAAGCAUGGCCAGUAAAAUGAAAAUGAGCAGUGCUUUACCUAAAGGCGUGGAUAGAUUAAAAGAGGAACACAGAAAGGUGGUGAAAGACUGUCAAAGUCAAAUUACACACUGGAAAAAAGUGGAGAGUGAUUAUAAAAGUCUACAGGAGCGCCUUAGCACGUUGCCUGAUAAGCUGUCCUAUGAUAUUAUGGUACCAUUUGGCUCUUUGGCUUUCAUGCCUGGGAAGCUGGUUCACACCAAUGAGCUCACGGUUCUCCUUGGAGAUAACUGGUUCGCAAAGUGUUCGACUAAGCAGGCCCAGACACUUGUAGAACACAGAAAGAAACAUGUAAGGAAUAAACUGGAUGAUUUGCACAACGUGGUGAAGAGCUUUCAAGACAGAGCUGGCUUCACAGAAGAUCUUGAAAAGAUGACCUGUCAUGGAGAAGAUUUUGUUGAUAUCAGAGAAGAAGUGGGAAAACAGGAAGCAGUUAACAAAGGUAAACAUCGUGUGGCCCACAAACCCAACUCCAAGCCUAAGGAGGAGUAUGUGGUGCAGCUGGAGGAGGAGGAAGAGGAGGAGGAGGAAGAGGGGAAAGAUGGAGGAAAUAGUAGAGGAGUGCUUACUGAGGAGGAGCUGUGGGCACGGCUGGAUGAGCUGGAGCGGCUGGAGGAGGAGCAGGAUGAGAGAGACAGAUUGGACAGCACAGAUACUAAUGGUGAAGACACAACUUCCUCUUCAUCAGAGGAAGAGAAGGAGGCAGAUGCUGGCACUGAGGUCCAAGUUAAUGGCCAUGAGCCACACAGGGACUGUGCUCCUGCCACUCACACAAGCCAAGUCAAUGGCAUCAAACCGCAGCUUGAUGAAGAGGAGCGAGAAGAGGAAGAAGAUGAGGAGAAUGGCAAUACUUUGCCAACUAUCUACUUCAGUCAUACAGUAGAGCCCAAAAAAGUGCGAAUAAACACAGGAAAGAACACUACUCUAAAGUUCAGCGAGAGGAAAGAGCAGAAAGAGCAGGCCAAACGCAAAAAGAAGAACGGCAAAUGCAAUGGCCAUGCUGUUCAUGAGCAUCAUAAAAUCAUAACUCCUGCUGAUAUCUACAGGGUAUUUGUGGAUGUAGUAAAUGGUGAGCCUGUCCCAAGGAAAUCCAUCCUGAAGUCUCGCAGUCGUGAGAAUAGUGUGUGCAGUGACACCAGUGAAAGCAGCACAGCAGAUUUUGAGGAGCGCCGUGCUUUUGUUAACCGCUCACACAGCCACGACGACGCCACCCACAGUGACACCAGCGAUGGUAUUACUGAAGAGGACAGCCCAACUGGAAUAAGUCUUUAUCCUAAUGGACGCUUUGAGGCUUUUUCAGGGACUGUGAUUGAGAAAGAUCCACUGCCCUCAAUGAUCCCACACCUGACGAUCACCCCUCCUGCGUUACCUACAAUCCUUGAAAGAAAGCAAGAAGAGGUGGCCUCAGAAGUGCCCCUAGAUCCACCCAAAAGGGUGUCAAAGUUCAAAGCUGCCCGGCUGCAGCAGAAAUAAGACUCGAGAUGUAAUGGUUGUUUUCUUUCUUUCUUUUUUUUAAAAAACACCUUUUGUAUGACAGUAAUAAUUGGUGGUCUUGCACACCUCUGUUCUGCCUUUCUUCUCUUUGUUUCAGUUUUUCAGCUGCUGUUCUUGCUGUCUUUCUCAAGCCAGUUCAGACUACUUUCAUCGAAAAUACAUUAUGUGCUAUGCAUUUUCUAAACAUCUGCUUUAUUCUGUCUUGCCCUAAGAGUAGGAGGUGCAACUCUGCACAAACAUGUUCAGCCUCUCUGCUCUGCCUAACUGGCCAGGCACUAUUUUGGGCCAGGCUGCAUAUCCCAUCUCUUUCAUGUAUACCUACUACCUUCACUUUGUGUGUUCCUCUAGGCUACAUCUCUGUGAAUAUAUAAAAGUACCAUUAGAAAUCUCCUGUGAUGCACACACAUAUGGCAGGUUCUUGCCCUUGUGAUUUACUAGCUGCUCUGGUGACCUGUCUAAUAGAGGUGUUUUGUACCAUAAGUAUCUCAACCUGUGAACAGUCUGCUUUAACUUCUUAAUCUUUCUAUAUCUUCGAUAUUGAGAUUAUUUUGCUGUGUCUCCAGUCUUUGGGUGUAGAUCAGCAUUUUGUGAUUGAAUACAAAUGUUAACCAGAAAAUAAAUGAUUUUGCCUAUA